AUGUGCCACACCAGCUGCUCCUCAGGCUGCCAGCCAGCUUGCUGCGUGUCCAGUCCCUGCCAUCCCUGCCAAUCAUCCUGCUGUGUGUCCAGUCCCUGCCAGCCAUCCUGCUGUGUAUCCACCCCCUGUCAGUCGUCCUGCUGUGUGUCCAUCCCCUGCCAGUCGUCCUGCUGCAUGAGCUGCAGACCCGCCAUGUGUGUUCCUGUGAGAUUACAGGUGGCCUGCUGCUCUCCUGUGAGCUGUAGACCUACUGUGUGUGUGGCUCCUUCCUGCCAAUCCUCCGUGUGUGAUCCUGGGAGCUGCAGGCCUGCUGUGUGCAUGGUCCCCUCCUGCCAGUCCUCUGGGUGCUGCCCGACGUCCUGCCCCACCCUGGUCUGCAGACCUGCCUCCUGCAGCACCCCCACCUGCUGCUGA